GGUCAGCCGAGGAGGCGUCUUGUCCGAUAGAGCGCAGCAGCGCCCUUUCGUCUGUUUCCCCGAGAAGGGAACAGAAGAAGACAUGGACGGGGCGCUAUUCUUAACGAAGUUCUCCGCGUAACGCCUCCGACCUACGUUGAAAUUCUACCUGUUUCGGGCUCAUUCGUGAACAGCGAAAACAGCGACUGAAGAGCGGGCGUGUUCACCUCGCAGAAGUGGACGUCAAAACAAUGGCAACUGCACAGUCAGCUAUAACGUUUGCAGUAUGCAUCUUGAUGAUAACGGAACUGAUACUUGCAAAAAAGGACUACUACGAUAUACUGGGAGUGCCUAAAGAUGCUACUGAGCGCCAGAUAAAAAAGGCUUUCCACAAGCUCGCAAUGAAGUAUCACCCCGACAAGAAUAAGAAUCCAGAUGCUGAAAUGAAAUUCAGGGAAAUUGCCGAAGCAUAUGAGACCCUAUUGGACAACAGGAGAAGAAGAGAGUAUGACCAAUUUGGGCAUGCAGCGCACUUCAAUGGAGAGACCCAGGGCAGACAGAGGAACAACGUCCACCACCCGUUCAGCUUCAACUACGAUGACAUGUUCAAGGACUUUGACAUCUAUAGUCAGAACAGGCAUGCUCGUCAGAGAAGAAACUUUGAGGAGCAAACCAGGUCCCACCCAGAGGCCAACAGCCAACACAAGAGACCCUUUCAGGGAGGUUUUGGGUCCGGCGUCUUUGACGACACGUUUGAGGACUUGGAGAGAAUGUUCACCUUUGAAAGGCACAGCAAGCAGACAAAUAGGUUUCAAGGUGCGUCGAAACAGCACUGUAGAACAGUGACGCAGCGCCGAGGAAACAUGGUGACUACGUAUACUGACUGCACUGGCUCCUGAUGUAGUCCAUAAACAUAGACUUCACACUUCGGCUUGCCUUUUGUGGAGAGGAUACUAUUGACUGAUCAGAUGAUUGAAAAUUUUUUUUUCAAUUGCUGCAGAAUGUUAACUCUCAGUGAGAACUAACUGGCUUUGAAGCAGAGACUAUUCAGUUUACAUAUCUUAGGUCAAAAUUUCAAUAAGCUGACUUUCACUUAUUGUAUUGUCACCAUUCUAGCUAUUUCCCAUGACAACUCAGAGGCUCUUUAAAGUAUUGUUUUGUUCUUUUCUCAGCUGUUGGAAAAAAAAAAGAUGAUAUGGAUUAUUAUGUCAGUAUUUUUGUUGGCACCUUUUGACAAACUGUCGGACAAACCUGUUAAUUUUACUUUAAUGAGUAAAAUUGUCUAGCCUAACUUUGCCAAAAAUGUCCAAACCUCUGCGCCGCUCAUCUUUCUAGUGUGUAUUUCUAUUGUAUCUAGUUCACUAUUGUAAGCCUUUAGAUAAGUCUAAAGGUGGAACACAAUAGCGACCUGUGCAGUUGUGCUUAUGGUUGUGAAAGGGGGAACAAUGUCAACAAAGAAAAUCUGUGACUCUAUCAGCCCAUUUCACUGGUAUGUGCUUGACUUUUCACCGCUCUCCGUUGAAAUAUUGAUGCAUCGGAAAUUGGACGCAGUGAAUGUUCAACGUGUUGUCUAAAUUGCAAAGGACCAACCACUAAAACUGUCGACUGACAAGAGACGAUAUAUACUACUCGGUAGCAUUUCACCAGCAUAAGCUGUUGCCUCAACCUGAAGAUUUUGUCAUAGUAACAAAUUGAUUUUUUUUCCCUUUUUUUUUGUAGUCAUGUGCAAUAUUUGAAGCUGUCUUUUAUUCCCAUCGGUGACUGUCAACAUUAUUGUUGUUGUGAAAAUAUUCCAUAGCACUUUUGGGUGAUAUUUUGAAAUACGCAUCUUGCACUCUGAAAGGGUGUUUUGGGAAAAUAAAGAUCACUGGA